UCCCAGAAAUGACGUCACGCGGAUAAUAUUUAACAAACAGUUUCGAAAAGGAAACUGCUGAUAACUUAUUAAUCAAGUUUCGAAUAUGUAUUCAAUGUCUGCAGUCAAACACCCUCAGUCCUGGUGACAUACCGGAGCAGCAGAGAGCGCACCACUCGGCUGAUGUGUAUUCAUUUUAGGACCGAAUCAAGCUAACCUAGUCGGACUGCUAACUGAAGCUAACGUCAGAGUUGGAUAGCCUCGACGUAGCAUUAGCUAACGACAGAACAAGAGAAACUCUACAACAACUGCCUCCCCACAAAAAAGUUUCAUAUGUCGGGUAACAUGGAGAAUAAAUACAACCUCAAGAGUCCAGGAAUUCCGAGGUGCAGAAUCAUCCACUAUUAGCACAGUGUCCCCAGGAAUGAAGUUCCUCUUGACCUUUGUCCACUUCUGGCGCUCCUGCAGUUGUGCGGUGAAGCGGCUGAUGAAGGAGGCAGUGGAACUCCGAGAGCCGACGGAACACUAUCACGCCCAGCCACUGGAAGAUAACCUCUUUGAGUGGCACUUCUCUGUUCGCGGUCCUCCAGAUUCAGACUUCGAUGGUGGGGUUUACCAUGGCAGGAUUGUGCUACCCCCAGAGUACCCCAUGAAGCCCCCAAGCAUCAUCCUUCUCACACCAAAUGGAAGAUUUGAAGUUGGAAAGAAGAUUUGUCUCAGCAUCUCCGGUCACCAUCCAGAGACAUGGCAGCCUUCGUGGAGCAUCCGAACGGCCUUGUUAGCUAUCAUUGGAUUCAUGCCAACAAAAGGGGAGGGAGCCAUAGGAUCUCUGGACUACACCCCAGAGGAAAGAAAAGCUCUGGCCAAAAAGUCUGUGGACUUCUGCUGUGACAUAUGUGGUUGUUCCAUGUCUUCGGCCCUCCUGCCUCUGUCCGCCAACAGCCGCUGCAGCACAGAUGACCACAAGGCUAAAGAACUGGCUCAGCAAAUCAACUUCAAGGCAGAAUCCAGUUUAUCCAGACAGGCCAGUGAGUGCAGAGGGUCAGGAAAUGAGCCCCCCACACCCCCCCAGGGAGACACCACUAGGUCUGCAGGCCCUGAACAUGCUGACAGGUCCGCCCUGGAUGAACAGGCAGAAGCAUCUCCAGCUUCGAGAGUAGAGGGACCUCCUACCCCCCCAGUGCCCACCACCAGCCGCCCCCUCAGCCCCCGGCAGCGUCGUACUCAGCAUCAUAGCCAGCAGGGCCAGAGGGACAGCAGGGAGGCUCCCAACAGGCCUGCCUUCGCAGCUGCCGCCCACCAGCCUCAGGAGGAAAGUCACGCCGGCUCGGCUGUCCUCAUCGUGGUGCUAACUCUGGCUCUGGCUGCACUCAUCUUCCGCAGAAUCUACUUGGCCCAUGAGUACAAGUUCGACUAUGAACUAUAAUGAGGCUGCACCAUUGUUAGGCCGCGAGUCAACCUCGCCUUCUCUGACCGCUGCCUACAGAACCACAUUACCAGCAGAGCCGAAGCUGGCGUCGACACUGAUGCUGAGCCCUGGCUGCCAAAUAGUCGAGGCUUCGGUCUCCUUCCAGAAGGAGCUUUCAUUCCUACAGAGGAAGUGGUUGACUCAAUACAACACCUCCAUUGUGUCUUUUAAAUCAAUGUGAAAUUUUACUCUCGAGAGUUAUGCAUUUUUAAGAACGGGAAUCUUCCUUGUCUUUGUGAUCAGCCGCUGCACUCACCACAUUUUUUGUACAAUUGUCAUCUGUCCUUGAGCUGCUGCUUGUUCCCAUUAUUUAAUCAAAACUGUAAUCUAAUAGGUCAACAGCACAAAAUUAAAGUGUGUCUUGUCCCAAAGUAGUCAUUUAAUCAUGGAAGCAUCAGCACACGUAGGUUGUAUGUUCAUAGAGCCUCUUGGAUCAUGUGCUUUAACUCAGUACAUAUAUAUAUAUAUAUAUAUAUAUAUAUAUAUAUACACACACACACACACACACAUACACAGAGAGCUCUGUUUUGAUUGCUUAAGCAUAGCUACCAGUUCACUCAUAAGUUUCACUCAUAAGUCUCAAAUGAACCAAAGCAGAAUCAUCAGGUAGAGGUGGAGAUGCCUAGAAGGCGCAAAAGUGUCGUUGAGGGCAUAAACUUCCACCUAAUCUGCAGGCAAAAAACACUGGCAUGGGUGAUCCAAGAACAGCUGCUGUCCAGUUUUGUGUUAGAAGCUAAAGUGAGGUGGGAGGAAGUGAGUGAAAUAUCAAGCUCAUUACGUCAAGCAGGUUUGAUCAAAGUAUAGAGGAAGAUGGGGUAUCUUGGACUUUCAUGAAGCUAAACCUUGAGAGGAGAGAGAUGAGUUCAUGGAUUCAAUGGUGUGUUGAUGCUGAAUCUGUCACCGUUACAUAUUACAUUGAUAUAUACUAACCGUUGUAGCAGGCAGAGUUACUAAUAAUACAUUAUGUAUGACAACUUUUAAUGGCAUUUUCCAUUAUUUUAUUACAAUUAUAGUAAAUUAAUGAUAAAUCUGAUUAUAUUGCAUGGCUUUCCUGAAUACUGAUACUGAUACUGAUUGGCCAAGGACAACAUUCUACUGUUUGUCAUUUCUGUCACACAGAACUACUAUAAAUUACUGCCCAAUGCUGUUGGCAAAGUUCAUAGACUUGGGAGAUAAUUCUUAAAUCAAUAAAGUAAUUUUAAAAUAAUCAUUUAUUUUCAAAAUGUUUGAUUUUUUUUUAGCAAGCAUGCAUCAAAUAAGAGCUUUGUGCUUCAGGUUUGUUUUGUUACAGUGACUGGUAUUUCUUACAUAGAUGUGAUAUUCCAAAGGAAAUAAUAGCAUAUUUGUGUACUGGUUAGUUGGGAGACAGAAACAAUGAUUGAAACAAUGUUUGAAAUCUAUAUGCACAAUACAAGAUUAAUUUAUUAUGAAUAGCUUAUAAUUAUUUUUAAACUACCUUUCUUCGUUAACAGCUGUGUGCUAAGCUAGUUAGCAUUAGUUACAAGAUAAUUUCUAUUGAUCAGUCUACCACUAUAUUGUGUAUUUAGCUUUCAAAUGCAUAUUGUAGUUCUUUAUAGCUCUGACAUUUCAGAUCUUUUACUACACACAUAUUCUAUUAUGUAUGUUUCUGUUUUUAGAGGAAAAAUGGAAACAGAUUUAGUGGGUGAUUAUUUUAUUGAAGCCAAUUAGGAUGUCAUAGACAUUUAUGAGCGUUUUCUUAUUUUUUUCCAAGGUGUUGCAUAUGUGUAAUGCUAUUGCUCAACCAGACUUAGUUGAGCAAUGUCACGUUUUUUGAGUCAAAAAGAACAUAAUUAUGUAACAAAAAACUACAUGAAAAAAACACAAUACCAAAACAAUGUAAAAGACGUAAUUAGACAAAAAUGAUUGAACAACUCAAAAAAGUUUGUAACGUAAUAAAAAAAAAAAAAAAAAAAAAAAGGCAUUACACAUGUUACCAUAUAUAGCAUACCUGCUACCUUCUUUUAGCAUUGGUCCAACAUGUUGUAAAACUGCAUUGUUUGUUUUUCUAGUCUUACUGUUAAUAACUACUAUUUUUUUUAAAAAUAUAUAAUUGUAAAUACUGUAAAUAAUACUGUUUAGCACUGUUAUGGCUUGUUAUAUAACUUGUUCCUUUAUUUUGUUUUGUUUUUACUGUUUAAUCUGCCUGUUAUGCUGCCUCUUGGCCAGGUCAUCAUAGUAAAUGAAAAUUGGCUCUCAAUUGACCUACCUGGUUAAAUAAAGGUUAAAUAAAUAAAUAAUUAAAUAAGAUGAAAAUCAUGUGAAAGAAGAUUAAAAUGUCAAGGAUGGGAUGAAGGCUGUUAAAAAAAAUCUAUUAGAUAAAAAGCAUUUAAGAUGAAACAAAGAAAUUACAAGAGGACAAAAAUGAAACAGAAAACAAAAAAUUUAACAAGAUAUGUAUCUCUCUGCAAAAACAUUCGAUUACUUUCUUUAUUAUUAUGUUUUAAAGCUUUCAGACAGUCAACACCACAGUCCACCUACCUCUGCCUCAGUUCUAGGAGUCUCCCACCUAUGUACCAAAAUACUGCAGAGAAUACAACCAAUGUGAGGUCAUGAAAAUGGAAGUGUCAGAGCUGCUACUUGUGCUGGUGCUGUGUUACUGCCACAAAACACCA